CUCGGCCCUUCAGUCGCUCUGGUCUGUUUUACACACUGCAGUUUGCUUGCGCAGGGAUCAUCAUGGCUUCAGCACUUACCAGCGACCCAAACUUCCAGAAGCUGCAGCAAUGGCAUAAAGACAAGGCUGCCAGCCUCAAAAUGAGGCAGAUGUUUGAGGCUGAUAAGGACAGGUUUAACAAGCUGAGCACAAUCCUUAAAACUGAUGAUGGAGACAUCCUGAUUGAUUAUUCAAAGAAUCUCGUCAAUGAAGAGGUCAUGAAGAUGCUGGUGGAGCUGGCCAAGUCGAGGGGUGUGGAGCAAGCCAGGGAGAAGAUGUUCACUGGAGAGCCAAUUAAUUUCACAGAGGGCCGCGCUGUGCUCCACAUCGCCUUGAGGAAUCGAUCCAACUCCCCCAUCAACGUGGCCGGCAAGGACGUGAUGCCAGAGGUCAACAAGGUGCUGGAGAAGAUGAAAAACUUCUGUCAGAAAGUUCGCAGCGGAGAAUGGAAGGGCUACACAGGCAAAUCCAUCACUGAUGUUGUCAACAUUGGCAUCGGUGGGUCUGACCUGGGCCCGUUGAUGGUGACUGAAGCUCUGAAACCCUACUCCAAAGGAGGCCCCAAGGCUUGGUUUGUGUCCAACAUUGAUGGCACCCACAUGGCCAAGACCCUGGCGGAGCUCAACCCUGAGACCACCCUCUUCAUCAUUGCAUCCAAGACCUUCACCACCCAGGAGACAAUCACCAAUGCAGAGUCUGCCAAGGAGUGGUUUCUGCAAAGUGCUGGGGAUAAAUCUGCUGUUGCCAAGCACUUCGUUGCACUCUCCACCAAUGCUCCCAAAGUAAAGGAUUUUGGAAUAGACACCAACAACAUGUUUGAGUUCUGGGAUUGGGUUGGUGGCCGUUACUCCCUUUGGUCAGCUAUUGGUCUCUCCAUUGCCCUGCAUAUAGGAUUUGAGAACUUUGAGCAUCUUCUGAGUGGAGCUCACUGGAUGGACAAUCACUUCCGCAACACCCCCUUGGAAAAGAACGUCCCUGUUCUGUUGGCCCUGCUGGGGGUCUGGUAUGGCAACAUGUUCGGAGCUGAGACUCAUGCCCUGCUGCCCUAUGACCAGUACAUGCACCGCUUUGCAGCUUACUUCCAGCAGGGGGAUAUGGAAUCUAAUGGGAAGUACAUUACCAGCAAGGGAACCCGUGUGGACUACAGCACUGGACCUAUUGUGUGGGGAGAGCCUGGAACCAAUGGACAGCAUGCUUUCUAUCAGCUUAUACACCAAGGAACACGCAUGGUCCCUGCUGACUUCCAUAUCCCAGUGGAGACCCAGAACCCCAUCAGGAACAACCUACACCACAAGAUCUUGAUCGCUAACUUCCUGGCCCAGACAGAGGCUCUGAUGAAGGGGAAAACUACAGAGGAGGCCCGCAAGGAACUGGAGGGAGCUGGCCUUGAUGGAGAGGCCUUGGAAAAUCUGCUUCCUCACAAGGUCUUUGAAGGAAACAGACCCACCAACUCCAUUGUGUUUAAGAAGCUGACUCCCUUCAUUCUAGGAGCUUUGAUUGCCAUGUAUGAGCACAAGAUCUUCGUACAGGGAGUCAUUUGGGACAUCAACAGCUAUGACCAGUGGGGUGUUGAACUUGGAAAACAACUGGCGAAGCAAAUUGAACCAGAACUGCAAGACGACAACGAGGUGACAUCGCACGACUGUUCGACCAAUGGGCUGAUCAACUUCAUCAAGAAGAACUGGGCCUGAAGGGCAGGCCCCACCCACAGACGCACACUCGGAGCAGACUUCAGAACUUACAAGUCAAUGUUGUAGUGACCUCAUGUUAGCCAGUAACAAGAGCUGAAACGCUUUGUCUGUAGUCAUCUGUUUGUGUUCCGACUGUCUCUGAAUUGUGAACCUAUACUACUAUUGUAUUAGCAAGUCUGUCUCCACAAGGGAAAUGCUUUCAAGAUAUUGUGGCAUAUGAAAAUGUAACCGACAGAUACCCAUCCUCACUUCACCUAGUUGUGUUGCCAAAAUAAAUCUUUAUUCACUGAACACUUUA